CGGCGUCUCAGUGUCGCCGCGACGACCGACGUCGUCUACUACGUCGUUAGAUUUUCCCUCUUGCAUUAUUAUUAUUAUCAUCAUCAUCAUCAUCAUCAUCAUCAUCAUCAUCUUUUGAGUAAACAGUAAAUGAAAAAUUCCCAAGAAAUAUUCGAUAAUUCUUCUCCAUGGUUUUAGAAUCUCUCUUUCAAUUAUUUUCUCAAUGAAAAAAAAAAGGAAGAAGAAAAUUCAAUUGUAAUUUUCCAUGAAAAAACAUUUUUAGAGUGUUUCUCUUUUUCCAAGCUCGAAGCUUGCAGCUUUUUUUUCACUCUUUGCCCGUGUUUACAACGUCUCUUAGUGAGGGAACGACUAGAAGGCAAUAAUUUCGAUGCAAAAAAACAUUAACUUUCUCAAGUUGUAGUUAAUAUUUAUUUUUUGAGAGCUCACUCAGUGAUUCAUAUUUAAGAAAAGUGAACAAUCGUGAUUGUUUGUGAUUGCUGAGAAUUUUUGUUGCGAUAAAUUGCGUGCGUAGAGGCUCAAUAAGACAGGAUUAAUAAGCGAGAAUACAAGAGCAGAUGAGGCCACGAUCAACCUGUGUCCAGGAGGUGGAGGAGUACCGGUGUGACCUGCGCUACGGUUAUUUCGGGAAUACAUGUUUCUGACAACCAGACGAAGAUAGAAACGGACGUACGCUUGUGUGCCACAGCGGCCCCAGUCCUUGCGAGUACUCGAUGGAUGAGUUCCAUCCAUUCAUUGAGGCCCUUCUUCCAUUCGUGAAAUCAUUUUCAUACACGUGGUUCAACUUACAAGCAGCCAAAAGGCGUUACUACAAGAAGCAUGAGAAGCGAAUGAGCUUAGAAGAAGAACGUCAAUGUAAGGAGGAACUGCAGAAUGAAAAAUUAGAAGUAAAGCAGAAAUGGGCCUCACGGCUUUUGGGAAAAUUAAGGAAAGACAUAACACAAGAAUACAGAGAGGACUUUGUCCUGAGUAUAACAGGAAAAAGGCCGGCGAUGUGUGUCUUGAGCAAUCCUGAUCAAAAGGGAAAAAUGAGGCGAAUCGACUGUUUGAGACAAGCAGAUAAGGUUUGGAGGUUGGAUCUAGUCAUGGUGAUCCUUUUCAAGGCAAUACCUCUAGAAUCAACAGAUGGUGAGCGCUUAGAAAAAACCGCCGAGUGCGCGCAACCAGGUUUAUGUGUGAAUCCCUAUCACAUCAAUGUCUCCGUCCGGGAACUCGAUCUCUACCUUGCCAAUUUUAUCACGAGCCACGAAGUACUAAAUGGGAUUUGUAAUACCAGUAAAGAAGAGGAACGACGACGAAAAGGUGGAGGGUAUCACGAACUGUAUAAUGGUGUCGUAUGCAACGAUACGAUCCUAGCUACUGGUGUCUUCAGCUCAAAGGAGCUUUGGAUGCUUUCAAAAGCGUCCAUACUGCAUGACCUCAGCGACAUGCAGCCUCAAAUAAACGCGAUCAAAAUAGAGCACCCGCCGUACUACUGCAGCAGCUACACACCUCCGUCCGUAGCGUCCGCAGCGGAUCAUGCUCAGCCUGCGGCUAGCUUUAGUCCACCGCCGGUUCAUCAAUUAAUACGAAAUGACAAGACUGAAAAACCCCCAGUUUCCGUAUCGAGCGCACCAAGUUUUUCACCUGUCCUAAGGCCUGAGGAGGGUGGUCACCGUGGAAUGGAUUCACCUCACUCGCAAGCCGGAUUACAUUCGCCUCAUGAGGGUCUCGCUAGUGGUUCUAGUCAGGGCGGGAGUAUGGCCGGUCUCGCCUAUUACCAGCCUGAGCACUCGGUCUCCAGCGGUGUCGUCAAGUACCCUGAGAAUGGCCACGACACUUUAUCAGAUUUUGUCACAUUCGUUUGUCAAGAAGCUGAGAAUACUCAGCAACUACCCCAGGCACAAUUAACUGGCCAACGUCCUGGUGUACAAAAGUUCUCGCAGUAUUACCCGAGCUCAAUGUUACCACCACCACCACCGGCACCAAUGGCAAGGCCGGUCGCAAUAAUACGCUCAACUGGUGAAUUGAGUGCAACUGGCUCAGGCUCACCACCCAAUUCAUCUACGUCACCAAUAGAUCCUGCUGAUCUCAACAGUACCAAUCAAGAUCAACAAUUGGCGGCGGCGGCGGCGGCAGCGGCGGCGUCAGCCGCAGCAGCGGCAGCAGCAGCCGGUGCUGCGGGUCUUGUUGGUUCAGGUUGUCAAAAUAGUGUGGAUACAACAGGAAGAAAAAGCCCUACGAGAAUUCUCGUAACUGCACCACAUACCAGUCGAGAAUAUACCUUUGCACAUUUUCAUUCACAACCUGGCCAGCAAAUAUUCACUUAUCCAACAAUAAGUUCCAUGUCUGGUGUGAUAUCACCCACAAAUCUCUCUCUCUUUUCAUCACCGGUGUCAGUGACACGACCUGUUGCCACUCAGAGAUCAGUUGCAAGUAUUCCACCACGUUGGAAUACGGCACCAUUUAUCAAUUUAGAAGAUGACUAUAAUAUGAUUGCCCCGAUUAUCGCCGGUACUCCCGGUGAACCUUCCUCAUCAAUAGACGAUGACCGAUACUUUCAUUCAGUACACACGAGCAGCAUGGACAAAAGCGGCUCCGGAAGUUUAAUUGGUAAUGAAAUUGUCAAUCAAGAUCCCAAUACUCAUCAUCAUCAUCAUCAUCAUCAGGCUCAAUCCCAACAGCAACAACAAAAUCAGCAGCACAUACUUGAAGAGAAAAAUGGCAGACCAAAAUCACCACCGUGACCCAUGGAUACUCGUUGCGCGCCUCACCAAGAGGCUAUCUUGUCAGCGGAAUCAUCCUUUGGGGUUCUCUCUAUGCGAGUCUCGUAAUUACAUCAAGGCAAUUUCAUUAAAUUAUUUUUUCAUUUUUAUUCAUUUGGCAAAAAUCAAUAAUUUUGUACAACUCCAAAUUUUUACACAUCUGAAAAUUUAUCAGCUUCUUUUAUUCAUUGAUAAUAAUCUCCUAGGAGACAAUUUUUGCCAAUAGAUUCUUCCAUUUGAUAUUUGGAAAAGAGAAAAUUUCACUUUAUUCUUCAAUUUAUUUAUUUAUUCAUUUCUUUUCAAAUGUUCGAUAAUGAGACCAUCACUUUAUCAUCACUUUAAAAAAUUGAAAUUUUUCGUGGGGAAAAUACGUUUUUUUGUUCUUUCAUUGACAAAUCAUUUCUCGAUAGAAUAACGAGCUCAUAGUUAAUAUUCUUACUGUUGAUAGCAGUAUGUAAACAUCGCUAAAACAAUUUGCAAACAUAAUUGUACUACGCAUUAGGAGUUUAUUUUUUCAAGACAUAGUUUGCUAAAUGAAUUGAGCUCAGAAUAAAAAUCAUUGACUAUAUUUUAUGCCUGUAUUUGCUCAGACUAAUUGUGUAUCAGUCAUUACAGGCUAUUAAGUAGGAGAAACAGAGAUAAGCCAGAAUAAACUAAUAUUUAUAAUUAUCGAUCCGAAGAAAGCAAAACACUUCUGACACAAGACGUUGAGUGAGUUUGAAUUAGUAAUUUUGUGAAUAGAUGUGAAAUGGUAUCAUAAAUGGCGUGCGUAUGCGUAUGAACAAAUUAUCUAUUGAUAUUAUUGACAAUGAUGAUGAACACAAAAAAGAAUUCAUUACGGGAUUCGUUAAGAUGAAAUCGAAAAACAACUGAAAUUUCUCCGUGUGGCUGAGGCAUGUGUUAAAAAAAUUGUCUGUUGGCAAUGAUUUCUUAUGCAACAGAUGGAAGAAUAAAUUUUCAUCAUCUAUGAAUCUGUCAAUGGAAGUUAAAAAAAAACAAUGAAAAAUCCAUUGUCAAAAUUUCCGAGUGAUUUUUUUUACUCCGUUCUACUCUUUUUUUUUUUCCUAUUCUCAUCAAACCUGAGAACAAUAGGAAAGUAUUUUAAUUAAAAUGUAUUUCGUACAUAAGAGUUUUUUAAAGAGAGAUAAAAAAAUUGUCCGAAUUUCGUGGCAAAAAAGAUUCGGAAUUUUUAACCUGCAGGGUGUAGAUAUUAAUGUAUUGUGUAUAUAGUUUAACGAGAAUUCUUGGCGAUUUAGUUUGCUUAGCAUGGAGAAAAGGCAUAUUAUAGAAGAAUCAAUGAUUUUAUUUUGAAAAUUGUUGAAUCAAACUGAAAAAAAAAAUGAAACGAAAAAGGUUGGAAUAUUUCUUUUGGCGAAUUUCAUUUAUUCAUUUUAUCCUUUUCUCCUUAUUCUGUAACAAAAAAUAUUUUCAUUUGAGUACUACUAUUUUUGCGUUCGGUAUUUUUGAAUGGUUAAAGAAAAAAUCCUUUGAAAAUAGGAUUGAGCUCAAUAAUUGUUCCCUUAAUAUUCUUUCAAUUGCAGUUAAGGUGACUAAAACUUGACAGGUAUUGAAUAAACUGAAAAAUCCGAAGAAAAUAUGAGAUUAUAAGAUUUUUUUCCCCCCCUGGGAUUAAAAUUAACAACAAUUUUUGUUAAUUACUGGUGCAGUUUGAGAAAUAAAGGGGAUUUCGCAAACGAAAGCCGUAUCAACGAGUGGACAACUGAAUUGAUUGUGAUGAAUGAAUCAUGAAUUGUAUAUAAAUUUAACACUCUAUAUAUAUUUUAAAUUGA